AACACAGGAAAAUCUGGUCUAAGUUUUAUAAAUAUCCUUCAUAACUUGGAUAUGUCAACAAGUAACCAAAGUUUCUAAUUUUCAUAACAACAAAAUAUUACAAUUAUAUCAUAAAAAGCAAUUAACUAAGUCAUCGCUAAUUGAUGAAUUGAAAAGUGAUUCUCUCGUUGCAGAUAAAUUGACAAUAAUAGACCAAGUUCAAAGAAAUUUCUGUGAUUUCACCAAUUUUAUGAGAACGGUUAUUUCAUCAGUCGAUCUUAAGUGGUCGAAGUGUUAACAUCAUUUUAAAAUGAUGAGAUUGAAUCAAAUUUUUCUCCUUCUGUUUUGCAUAUUGGGAAGUUUACAAGGUGAUGUCUUAGACUUUGAUGUGGAUACCCAACUUUCGUCUAGCAUUUUGAAAUAUUUGAAUGAACGAAAUCCUAAUUUUUCCUAUAGAUCAGCUAAAAUUUUACAGAAGAAUGUCGAGGGUGAUAAAUUAGACGCAACUUUCCAAGUAGAAGCCACCUGUGAUUACCCAUGUCAAGGAGGCACUUUAAAAUGUGAAAGUAUUUUCCGUAAGAUAGUGGGGGAGUCAUUAUGGCACAUAGCAGGUGCAAUUUGUGCUCCAAUUGAAUCAAUACCAUAUUUAGAACAACAAAAAAAUAUCAUUCCUACAUUUAUUGGAAAUCCAGUAUCGGAACAACAGAAAACGAUAAAGGAACCUAAAGAUGUACCACGUACUGUUGAAGAACCAAAAGUUGAACAGGAUUUUGUUGGGGAACCAAAAAUCGUAAAUGACUUUAUUGAAGAACCAAAAGCUAUUGACGUGGUUACCCCAAAGACGAUCAAAAAUGCCGAAGAACCUGAACUCCAUAUUGAAAUUAGUGAAGAGAGUCCAAAGAAGACUGUACCGUGCUUAGGUUGUCCAAUAGAUAUAAAUCCAAAUGCCUACGGCGUCGCUGAUCUGAUAAACACCGCGUUGAGGCAUAUCGAAUCAGAAAGAAGUCAAAAGCAUACGGCUCUGAAAGUUUUAAGAGUACAACAACAGGUUGUAUCCGGUAUUAAAUAUACUCUAUUAGUUGAAGUAGCUCCUACUGUCUGCCCGAAAACUAUCGACUCUCCUUCUUGUCCAAUUGAUCAGUCUCGAGACAGUUUUAUUUGUGAAGUACAAUUUUGGGAAAAAUCCUGGGAAAGAUUCACACAGAUUAUUAAAAACAAUUGUACAAAUAAUCAAGAAUUUGUUUAUAAUGCCGGUUUUUACACAACGACGAAAAGUCCACCGAGAGAAGUUGACUUGAGUGAUUUGGAGUCUCAGAUUCUUUCUGAUUUUGAAAUUGAACAACCCCAAACAACUUAUAAUGGGCGAAAUUGGGUAAACAGUAUCCAUCCUGUAUAUUCCAACAUCGGGUACGGUCCGGAGGUAAUAUUACAAAAGAGAAGAGUGAGAGAUAUUGUAGAAGAUAAAGAAAACGAACACAAUGUAUUUAAAAGACACUAUAGAGAUUCUGAUAGUGAUUCUUCAUCGAGCAGUAGUGAAUCUGACGAAAGUAAUGAUAAAAAGAGACAUAAUGAUGAUAGUGAUGAUGAUAGUAGUCAAAGCCAUAAACACAAGUACGACGAAAGCAGCGAAAGCUGUGAACAUCAUCACAAACAUAAACACAAUCAUCGAGACAGUGAUGAUAGAGAGCCGGUAAAAGACAAACAUAGCUCUAAUGACUCUGACGAAUCGAAUAAAUCGAGCGAUUCAAGUAAAUCUAGUAAAUCGAGAGAAUCGAGUAAAUCUUAUAAACAUAGUGAAUCGAGUGAAUCUUCUGAUUCAUCCGAAUCAGAUGACCACAAGAAGAAACACAAACAUCACAACAAUAAUAGAAGAAAGAGGUCUAAUGAACUUGAGAAUGAUCCACAAAUUUUAGACGAUCUUGCAUGGAUAGCAUCCAAAAUCCUCGACUACCAUAAUUACGUUCUAGUCGGUUCGUCAAAUGUACGUUUGAACGGGCUGCACUACAAACUGCAGCUUCUACUCGAAAGAGAUCGUACAGUAGUAGAAUGUAGCGUCUUUAUGACUGUUAACGAAGGAAAUGUAUAUGAAUCUACAAUUGAUAAGUAUCAUUGUAAUACAGACGAAGUUUGGAAGCAUAAAACAACACAGGAUAAGAGAAGUAAAACACUCGGUGGAAUGGUGCCGAUAUCUACCAACGACCCUCAAAUAAACUUAUAUUUGAAAGAUGGUUUAAGCAAUUUAGAUAAAACUUCACCGCAUACAAAUAAAUAUAAAAUUCUUGAAAUAAUGGAAGCGACAAAACAAACAGUUAGCGGAGUUCUUUAUCGCAUUAAAGCCCACGUUACAAUAUCUGAUUGCGAAAAAGGAAAAGACACGGAUCCUGCAUCUUGUGGUGUACUUAAAGACGCUCCAAUCAAAGAAUGUCAUUUCAAAAUUUGGGAUCAACCUUGGUUACCUCAAGGAAGACAAACGAACAUCACUUGCGAUAACGACGAAGAAGUUUAUCGUUUCAGACAAAAACGUGAUACCGUCACAGGUGGUAUCAAUCAAAUUCCCAAGGACGAUGAUCAGGUCAAGUUAUAUUUGAAGGAUGGAUUAACUAAUAUGGAUCAAGUUUCAUCUCACGCUAAUAAGUACAAGGUUCUGGAAGUUUUGGAGGCUUCGAGUCAAGUAGUAAGCGGUGUAAUGUAUCGUAUCAAAGCUCGUAUAACCGUAUCAGAUUGCGAAAAAGGCAGUAAAGUUGACACCGAAAAUUGCGGCGUUCUUAAAGAAUCCCCUGUACAAGUAUGCAAUUUCAAAAUCUGGGAUAAACCGUGGAUACCACAAUCAAAAGAAACCAAAGUUACUUGUAAAAAAGAAGAAGCCGAACAUUCUAAGCAAAGAAGAUCUGCGGGAAUUCCAGGUGGUACUAACUCGAUCUCUACCGACGACCCCCAGAUCAAAAAUUAUCUAAAAGAUGCGUUGACUCAUUUGGAUCAAUCAUCUUCUCAUACUAACAAAUAUAAAAUUUUGGAUGUAAUAGAAGCAUCGAGACAGGUGGUCAGUGGUUCUUUAUAUCGCAUCAAAGCUCAUGUCACAGUAUCUGAUUGCGAAAAAGGAAAAGACACGGAUCCGGCAACUUGUGGUGUACUUAAAGACGCUCCAAUCAAAGAAUGUCAUUUCAAAAUUUGGGAUCAACCUUGGUUACCGCAAGGAAGACAAACGAACAUCACUUGCGAUGAAGAACACCUUUCGUUUAGACAAAGGAGAUCCGUAAAUAUACCACCUCAUGAAGAUGCAGUAAAAGUAUUUUUUAAACAUUUUCAACUGAAAUAUUCGAAAAAUUACCCAACAAAGGCUGAAUACAAACAUCGAUUGUCAAUUUUCAAGAACAAUUUGAACAUGAUCGAUUUAUUGAAUAAAUACGAACAAGGUACCGCCAAAUAUGGUAUAAACCAAUUUGCCGAUUUAACCCAAAAAGAAUUUUCUAGUCUUCACGGAUUACGUACGGAUCUUCAAAGCGAAAAUAACGUUCCAUUUCCCGUAGCCGAAAUUCCGGAUAUAGAUCUACCGACAGGUUUCGAUUGGAGAGAAAAAAAUGCAGUAACUGAAGUUAAAGAUCAAGGAUUAUGCGGUAGUUGUUGGGCUUUCAGUACCACCGGUAACGUCGAAGGACAAUACGCCAUCAAAUAUAAGAAUCUCACUUCACUUUCCGAACAAGAACUAGUCGAUUGUGAUAAAUUAGACGAAGGAUGUAACGGUGGAUUAAUGGAUAAUGCAUACAGGACUAUUGAAAAAUUGGGAGGUCUGGAGUCAGAAAAGGAAUAUCCCUAUGACGGGAGAGACGAAAAAUGUUAUUUUAAUACAUCCCAAGUUGUAGCCAGAAUUACCAGCGCCGUUAACAUUAGCCACAACGAAACGGAUAUGGCUAAAUGGUUAACGAAAAACGGACCUAUCGCCAUAGCUAUAAACGCAAAUGCUAUGCAAUUUUAUAUGGGAGGAGUAUCACAUCCUUUCAAAAUCUUUUGUAACCCCAAAAGUUUAGACCAUGGUGUUUUGAUAGUUGGAUAUGGUGUUCACACUAGUACUAUUCGAAAGAAAAUCCUGCCUUAUUGGAUCGUGAAAAAUUCCUGGGGUACGAGCUGGGGUGAACAAGGAUAUUACAGAGUCUACAGAGGAGAUGGGACAUGUGGUUUGAAUCAAACACCAUCUAGUGCUGUUAUAUUAUAAACACCAUGUUUACUUAAUUAUCGCAUAUAACAUAACCUAUUUUAUAAUUAGAAUUACUUAUUAUUGCCGAUAAAUAAUAUCUCUACUCAAUUUUUUUGUCAUUAAAAUGUUAUUUUAAAAAAUAUGAUGAUACUUGAGGGGUUAAAAAAUAAAGUAACUCUUUUUACAAAUUUUUUUAUGGUUUGCUUUUUAUUGUUAAUAAAUCAACACCAGGGGAUGCGAAAAUACUUAAUUGUUAAUUAAUUCCACCUGUUGGUAUAUCUACAAACGGUAAAGUCUGUUUGUUCCUACAGAUAUUCAUUUUCUACACAUCUAUUGCAAUUAUACAUGAAAUAAAAGUGUUUCUUUCUUAUUUAACCGGCGCUACGGUCCUUUGAGAACCACGGCCUUCUCAACAAUCGACUACUAAUCCUCUCUGUCCUGAGCAUGGUGCCUCCAACAUCGAACCCCUAGCUGGAUCUGGUCCGCUUCAACGUCCUCCAACCUCUUAGUCGAUGUCCUACAGGAACUCAAUAUAUGGCUCUGCGCGAGUAUCGAUCAGAAGAAAUCCUGUACGUGUCCCAGUCACCUCGCCAAUCUGGCUCGCCAUACAGCUGUCUCAACAUUCCUCCGUUCUCGCAAACAGGGUCAAAAAUAUUUCAUAGGAUUUUAACAGUUCAAAAUCCGCUCACUUGUCGUCGUCAUAGUUCAUGUCUCGCAUCUGUAUGUGAUUACGGUACGGAUUAAGGUCGAUCCACACAUAUUCGUACCGGGACAAAAAGUUUGCUCCAUUCACUUCUCAAUAUUUUCUGUGUGUACCUCAUUUUUGUAAUAUGAACGACGAACUUUUCAUCGAGUUGGUUCGGGAACGACUAGUUCUGUACAAUAUGAAGGACCCCAAGCUGUCACGUUUCCCCUUUCAGUUUACUAAGAAUUUCGUCAGCCAACAUUUUUUUUUCCAAUGAAGGUCACGGUACCGAUAUGUUUGAAUCGACCUUUAUUGUCUCUAUUGUGAGCUUUGACCUUCGCGAGAGCCCUCUAAACUUGAGCGGUCUCUGGACUGCACAGAAGCAUCUGUUCACCGCAGGAAUUCUGGCCUUGAUCUCCGUUGUCACGUCAAUAUCUUCAGUUAUCAAAACCCCAAGAUAUUUGAAUUGGUGGCACAAUAGGAACGUGGUUUGGGAGGUCGAGGUUCUCAUGUACAUGAUCUUGCCUCAGCUGCUCGCUCGAAAUUGUCAACCGCUUCUGAAAGAGCCGAACCAUGAUGUCCGCAUAGACGAGGUUCCGUGUGCAAGUAGUUCCUUCGAGAUUCGUUCGGAUGCUCUUGCGGUGAGACAUAGAACAGUGUUGUCGCUAGUGGGUCUCCCUGACGCUAGCCUGUGUUCACAGUAAAAACUCUGCCUAGAGACCUCGAUACCUUAACUCUACCAGAGGCGUUCCUCUUUGUCAUUCGCACCAGUUUCUUUGUGACACUAAACUCCACCUGGUCCUCAUACAGAUGGUCUCUAAUAAUAAAUGUGUCACCAGAAUCAAAUUUAUUUACUCCUAGGAAUAAAAGAAAAUUGGAUACGGUUUCCUACACAGGAUGCUGCAACAUAUAUUAGUCAAUUUUCAAUUAUUAUCAUUUAAAUUGUUUCAGAUUAUCCUCUGUUCAACAAAACUAUGCCUUACUGGAUAGUGAAAAAUUCUUGGGGAACGAGUUGGGGCGAACAAGGAUAUUACAGAGUUUACAGAGGAGAUGGUACGUGCGGUUUGAAUCAGACCCCAUCUAGUGCCAUAAUUGCCUAAAGAAAUAUGUAAUCAUGACAAUUGACAUAUCAUUUUUCUUAUAAAAUAAAAAUAAAUAAUUUAAUUUUACUGAAACAACUAUCUAAUAUAGAUAAACUUGUAAUUAAACUUAGGAUUGUAUUUCAAAUAUAUAUGGUUUUGAUGUAAUUAAAAAAUCUAUUAGAAAUAAACUUUCGAUAAUAAAA